GCAGCCUCAGGAAUCAGAAAUAGCGUUUACACUGCUGCUGACAGUCUCCCGUGGGAUGCACCAACACAAGUUCACGUAUUGAGCUGCAGUGCAUGAUCGUGGAGUUGCUUUGUUGAGCAUUUUGAAGUUGUGACACCGGUGACUGGGAUUAACAUCACUUUUGUGUGUGUCCAGACACUUCACGGAGAGACAGUGCUGGAUAUGCCACAGGUGGAAAGUUGGGGAGCGGCAGACUGUUGCCCAGUGCUCGGAGCAGAGAUCCCCAGGUUGUGAAGAUGUGGAGCUGGGUAUUCACUGUGGCUGUCCUCCUCUCCUCCUUUACACAGACUGAAGCUCAGGGCAGGUGUAAUAAUGUGAUAGCAGCAGAUAUUGUCUUUCUGGUCGAUGGCUCCUCCAGUAUCGGCAGAGUGAACUUUCUGCAGGUCAAAGGCUUUAUGGCUGGAAUCGUAAAGCCAUUUGCAAGUGCUGUCAGCGAGUCAGGGAUACGGUUUGGGGCCAUUCAGUAUAGUGACACCUCCAGAGUUGAAUUUACAUUUACUACCUACCUGAAUGGCACUGAGCUGGUCAACGCCGUGCAGGAUCUGAACUAUAAGGGGGGAAACACACGCACUGGUGCUGGUCUCAAGUUUGUCGCUGAUAACUUCUUCAACCCUACGUCCAGCCGGGAUGUCCCGAAGAUCACGAUCCUGAUCACAGACGGGAAGUCACAGGACAGUGUGCAGGAACCAGCUCAGAAGCUACGCAGUCAAGGAGUGCAUGUUUUUGCAGUUGGUAUAAAAAGUGCAGACAGGAAUGAAUUGGCUCAGAUCUCCUCCCAGCCCAGCAGUGACUUCACCUCCUUUGUUGGGGACUUUAAACUACUGAACACACUUCUUCCCCUUGUGAGCCCCAGAGUGUGUUCAAAAGCAGGAGGAGUGUACGCUAGUGACGAGGCUUUUUCUGGUCCGUCCAACAUCCAGUUCACAAGCCAGACGUCUGAUGCUCUGAAGUUUCGUUGGAGUCAGGCGGGGGGGCCUGUGAGUGGUUACGUGGUCCAGUAUGUCCCCCUCUCUGGCCUGGGUCAGCCUUUAACCUCUGAACUGCGUCAGGAGACUCUACCUGCCAGUCAGAGGAACUUUAUUGCACGAGAGCUGAGAUCAGGAACCGACUACCUGGUGACCGUCAUCGCCCAAUACCCCAACAGUGUGGGAGAGUCUGUUUCUGCCAAGCAAAGAACCAGGUCUUUGCCAGGGGUCUCCAGUCUACGUCUGGUCCAGGCUGGCUUUUUUUCUCUGUCUGUGGGCUGGGAUCAGCCUUCCUCUCCUUUCCAGGGCUACAGACUCACUUAUGGACCACGAGGUCAGCCAGCCGCUCAGCUGUUGGAGCAGUCUUUGUCUGCAGACUCUAACUCCAUCACGCUGGAGUCUCUUCAGCCCGACACGGAGUACGUCAUCAGCCUCUACCCGCUGUUCCCCAGAAACUCUGCGUCCCCGUCCAUCCUCAAUGCCCGAACAUUGCGCCUCGAUGCAGUUCAGCAGCUAUCUGUGGAGACGGAGUCGGAGGGCAGCGUUCGCGUGCGGUGGAAAGGCGUCACUGGUGCGCGGGCGUACCGUCUGGUCUGGGGACCAUUUACAGGUCGAAACGUGGAGACGGUGGAGGUCCCUGGUGACAGUGAGUUUCACACCAUGUCCAGACUGCAGGCCGACACAGAGUACAUCAUCACAAUCAUCCCCCUGUAUGAGGGAAACACUGAGGGGCCUGUAGCAACAGCCAGGUUCAAGAUAGAGCGUCAGGAGCAGCAGGUCCUCAGAGCAGCUACCACCGGCCCGUCCACUAUUCGCCUCACCUGGAGAGUCAUUCAGUCGUCUCAAGGGUAUCGCCUGGAGUGGAGGGAGGGAGAAGGAGGUCGUGUCCAGACCCUGUCCUUCCCUAAAAGCACUGCCAGCUAUGAGAUAACAGGCCUUCAGCCAAACACAGAAUAUAUCAUCAGACUGUACACUCUGUAUGAAGGUCGUGAGGAGGCUACGCCUGUCUCUACCGCACCCAGAGAGGAGCAGCCUGUGGGGAGGGUCUCUAACCUGAGAGUGGUGGAGUCUCUGGGCAGCACAGUCAGGCUCGGCUGGACAGGUGUAACCGGGGCAACACAAUACCGCAUCGUCAUCCUGAACACAGAUGCGGGAUCAGAGGAAAUCAGGAGUAUCCCCGGAAACCAGACGACCCUUGACCUCAGAGACCUGACAGUUGGAGUGUCUUACGGUGUCAGUGUCACAGCGCUGGUGGGACAAGAUGAAGGAGAACCUGUUACUGUCUACAUCAAACCAGAGCAAGGUGCUGGAAGAGUGACGAACCUCAGAGUGACAAAUGCAAACGGUCGGAGACUCAGAAUUGCCUGGAUAGGUGUUACUGGGGCAACAGGAUACAGGGUAACUUGGAGACAGGGAAACAGCGCAGAGCAGAGUCGUGUUCUCGGGGCAGAGGCCACGUCCUUCACUAUAGACAGCCUGCGACCAGAUGAGGGGCUGGUUAUCGGUGUUUCAGCUGUGGUUGACCAACGCGUCGGAGAGGCGGUCACACUGUCUGCUCGGACUAACCUCAACGGAGGAUCAGUGUCUGGCCUUCGCAUCGUUGAAGUCACAUCUCAAAGGAUUCGCAUUGAAUGGUCACCAUCCACCCGGGCAACAGGCUAUAAGAUCACUUGGCGCAGUGAUGAUGGAGUUGAAUCUGUUCGUAACGUGGCCGCUGACGUCUCUUCCUACACCAUCGAUGGCCUGCAGUCAGAUUCAGCCUACAGUGUGUUAGUUUCCUCACUGAGCGGCUCACGUGAGGGGAGUCCUUCCACUCUGACCUUCAGAACAGAGUCAGAUCGCACUGUGGUCGGGACCGUGACGUCACUGCAGGUCCAGGAGACUCGUGGAGAGGUCGUCCGAGUUACUUGGGUCGGUGUGCAGGGAGCAACAGCUUAUCGUGUUGUGUGGAGGAGGACCGAUGGUGGUGAAGAGAGGAGUCAGCUGGUUGGGGGAGAUGUGACAGCAGUGGACUUGGAGCGGUUGGACCCUGGAGUCCAGUACGAUGUGCAGGUCAUGGCUUUAGUUCAGAACAGACAGGGAACCCCUGUGUCUGUCAGAGUCACCACACCCGGUACCACCACUCCCCCCCAACAAGCUGCCACAACUUUACGAGUGGCGGAGGUUACCCAGGAUUCUGUGAGGCUCAGCUGGAAUCCACUACGAGGUGCCACGGGAUAUAUUCUACGCUGGAAAGACGAGACAGAUCUUGGGCGAGGCUUGUCUGUUACGCUGCCUGCUGCGUCCACUUCCUAUCAGGUGACUGGGCUGCGUUUGGGCCGUCAGUAUCGCUUCACCGUGCAGCCCACCUUUCAAACUGGACUGGGAACAGAGAGCUCUGUGGAUGAACACACUGUGUGUGUGGGCGGUCGUGGGGAUGUCGUGUUUCUGGUGCCGGCGUCUACUGAUCGGAUUCGCCUGGCAAGACCUCUGCGGGAUCUCCUCACCAGUGCAGUGCGGUCCCUAAACACUAUCGGGCCUCGGGACUCUCAGGUUGGUGUUGUGGUUUAUGGUUACAGACCCAAAACAUGGUUCCUGCUUAAUCGCCACAGCAGGUCUGACACACUGCUACAAGAGAUCCAGUCUACACCCUUUGAUGAGGGCCAAGGGAACAACAUCGGUGAGGCUGUGACUUUCACUAGACAGUACCUCCUGACCCCCUCAGCUGGACGCAGGCCGAGGGUCCCUGGGGCUGUUGUUAUCAUCUCGGACCAAAAGUCGACUGAUAACCUCACUCUGGCAGCCAGCAGUCUUAGAGCAACAGGUGUGACCGUGUUAGCAGUUGGAAUAGAGCAGGCAAAUACUGAGGAGCUGCGUCAGGCAGUGACGGACAGCAGCCCCCAAAACAUUCUGUAUGCUCGGGGUGCAACACAAUUGGACAGCGUACAUACUGAUCUGGCAGAUUUGCUCUGUGGUGUUGCCAGAAUACCAGAGGUUAUUCCAGGACCGUGCACCGUCCAGUGUCCUCGGGGAGAGAAGGGAGAUCGAGGAGAUAAGGGUGACAGUGGCAGAGAUGGCGCAGACGGACGAAAGGGAGAUCCUGGUCGUGAUGGCUUGCCUGGGAGGGAAGGCCCCAGAGGACCUGAAGGACGCCCAGGUUCUCCUGGCCAAGAUGGAACCUUUGGCACAUCGGGGGGUGUGAAAGGAGAGAAGGGGGAGAGAGGUUUUCCAGGAAUUGAUGGAAGUACAGGCCUGCCAGGACGACCAGGUGCCCCAGGAAAUGCAGGCCUCCCAGGCUCACAGGGCCUGCCUGGUGUCAGAGGAGAUCCAGGUGAAUCAGGGGUGCCAGGGCCACAAGGACCAAAGGGUGGUAAAGGUGAAAGGGGCGAACCAGGCUCAGCUGUGUCUGGAGGGGGUCUACCUGGAAGGAAGGGAGAGCCAGGAAUCCCGGCAAUACCUGGUACUCCAGGUCGGCCCGGGAGCGAUGGAAUCAAAGGUUCCCCUGGAAUUCCAGGGCUGCCAGGUCAGGAUGGUCGCCCAGGUUUACCAGGAACACCAGGACUCUCCAUCAAGGGGGACAAGGGCAGCACAGGCGAGCGGGGACCUCCAGGAGUCGGCAGCGGGGUGGCCAUCAAGGGCGAGAAGGGCUCCCCAGGUACUUCAGGUGCUCCAGGGACUCAGGGUCCUCGAGGGCUGGCAGGACCUACGGGCAGCAAAGGAGACAAGGGCGACAGUGGUGAUGGGGCACCUGGACCUGCAGGCAGGCAGGGAGAGCCUGGAGACCGGGGUCCCCGCGGGCCUCCGGGAGAAAUCGGUGGCAAGGGUGACCGAGGACAACCAGGUGAGCCUGGAUCACAGGGAGACAGGGGGGAGAGAGGACCAGCUGGUGAAACCGGAGAGCGAGGGGAUCCAGGGAAGCUGGGCCCUGCAGGACCAACAGGCUUGAGAGGUUUACCGGGACCCAGCGGACCUGCAGGAGAAAAGGGAGACCAAGGAGCACAAGGAGAGCCUGGCAGGAGUACUCCAGGUUUUCCUGGAAAGAAAGGGGAACACGGCGAGCGAGGCCCGUUAGGUCCUGAGGGGCCAAGGGGACAAAAAGGGGAGUCAGGGCAGAGAGGAGAGAAAGGUGAAUCAGGGUCUGGAGGGUCCGGUGUUUUUGGUUCCAAAGGAGAUCCGGGCGAGAGGGGAGCGGCUGGUAUCAACGGCAGGCCGGGUGCCAAGGGGGAUCCAGGUGAACCAGGGGAGAGGGGGGAGAAUGGCCGGCCAGGAACUCCGGGAAAACUGGGUCUCCCUGGGAAAGAGGGAGAGAGAGGAGAGAAGGGCGAUGAAGGCACACCUGGGGAGUCUGGACUUCCAGGCAAAACAGGAGAGAGAGGACUGAGGGGACUGGCCGGUCAGCCAGGACGGCCGGGAGAGAAAGGAGACAUGGGAGACCCAGGAGAGCACGGUCGAAAUGGCAGCCCUGGACCUGCUGGACCCAGAGGAGAAAAAGGAGAACUGGGCCCCCAAGGGCCUCCGGGGCCUCCUGGAAAAGUGGCUGACAUCGUGGGCCAGCUGAGAGGAGAAAGAGGAGAGAAGGGCGAGGACGGCGACCCGGGAGAGCACGGCAGCAAAGGUCAGAAAGGCGAAGCAGGGACUCCUGGAGCCGCGGGCCUCAGAGGUCCUGAGGGACAGCGCGGGCCUGCAGGCACAAGAGGUGACUCAGGAGAGAGAGGAGCACCUGGAGAGAAGGGAGAAAGAGGAGCAUCGGGUUUAGAUGGACGUUCUGGCCUGGAUGGUAAACCAGGCGCUGCUGGACCGCCUGGUCAGAGGGGGGAUCCUGGAAAACAGGGUGAUCCUGGGAGAGAUGGUUUACCAGGACUUAGAGGGGAACAGGGCCCCCCAGGGCCUGUUGGGCCCCCUGGCAAUCUAGGCGUACCUGGUAAAGCAGGAGAAGAUGGCAAACCUGGUGCUCCUGGAAAAAUGGGUGAGGAUGGCGUUCCAGGUGAAGAUGGAAGGAAGGGUGACAAAGGAGAAUCAGGAGCAGCAGGAAGAGAUGGCCGUGAUGGGCAGAAAGGAGACCGGGGCCUUGCUGGUACUGUUGGACCCUCUGGACCAUCUGGGCCUCCUGGAGUACCUGGAAGCCCUGGUCCUCCUGGACAGGUUGUUUAUGUUAAAGGCGCUGAAUCAGCACCAAUCCCCGGUCCUCAAGGGCCUCCAGGAACCCCUGGUGUACCUGGGAUACCCGGAGCUUUGGGAGUCAGAGGGGAUCGAGGUCUGCCCGGCCUUAAAGGUGAAGUUGGAGACCCAGGAGAGGACGGGGCGCCUGGCAAACCUGGAACAGCCGUGGAUGUACAGAAAGCUCUGGGCAUCCUUGGCAUUCGGGUGUCUGAUCUGAAGGAGGUGGCGGACAAGAAGGACACAUUACUGGCUCCCUUAGUGCAGAAGACAGAGAGAGGUGAAAAAGGAGACAAAGGUGAAACUGGAUCAAGAGGACCAUCUAGUGCAGAUGGUGCUCGUGGUUUUCCAGGUGAGAGAGGAACCAAAGGGGACCAAGGAGAGCGAGGUCCUGCUGGACCCUCUGGACCUCCAGGAAGAGCCAUAGGAGAGCGAGGUCCAGAGGGACCACGAGGGCCUCCUGGAGAGGCAGGCAAGCCAGGAAUACCAGGGGUUCCUGGGAGAGCUGGAGAACUUGGGGAAGCUGGGAGACCUGGGGAAAAGGGGGGUAUGGGAGAGAAAGGUGACAAAGGUGAAUCUGGUAAAAUCGGGCCAACAGGACCAGCCGGCCCGGCAGGUCAAAAGGGAGCAUCUGCUGACUCAGUACUGACAGGUCCACCUGGGGUCAGAGGGCCCCCUGGACUUGCAGGACAAAAGGGAGAGGCUGGCACUGCAGGGAUUCCAGGACCGAAAGGAGACCGUGGGUUUGCAGGAACUCGUGGUGAUAAAGGGGAAAGGGGGGAGUCUGGAGAACGAGGACGUGACGGAUCGCAGGGAACACCAGGUGAACCAGGAAAACCUGGUCUUGAUGGGAAGCCGGGCCCCACAGGGCCCGCUGGUCCUCGAGGCCAACCAGGAAACCCAGGAGAGCCUGGUGUAAGGGGGCCAACUGGCCCUAUGGGUCCCAACGGGCUUCCAGGUCCAGCAGGUGUGAAGGGUAAUCAAGGCGAGGCUGGGGUUGGAGUUCAGGGUCCUCCAGGUGCCCAAGGGAGCACAGGUCUGCCAGGACCGCCAGGUCCUCCAGGAGCUAUAGGUCCACAAGGUCCUCCAGGACUGCCUGGGCAGGUGGGUGAAUCGGGUAAACCAGGAGUCCCUGGGAGGGACGGGGUACCUGGUAAAGAAGGACUACCUGGGUUACCAGGAAAGCAGGGCAUUGCUGGACCUCCAGGCCAGGCAGGCUUAAAAGGAGAGCAGGGAGACAGUGGCCCUCCAGGGAAGGCCGUCGCUGGACCCCCUGGACCCAAAGGAGAACGGGGUCUGGCUGGCCAAACGCUGCCAGGUGUGACGGGGGAGAGAGGUCUAUCUGGAGAAAAGGGUACCAGGGGAGAUAAAGGUAGUGCUGGUUCCAAAGGAGAGAGAGGAGUAGCUGGUGAACAAGGAGAGCAUGGAGAAGAUGGGGUAAAAGGAUCUCCAGGGCCAAAAGGAGAUAAGGGGGAGAAGGGAAUUGGACUUGCUGGUCCUCCUGGUCGGGAUGGGCCUCAGGGUUUAAAGGGAGAUCCCGGCCUUCCUGGUCCAGCAGGUCCUCCUGGGCUGCAGGGGAAGCCAGGUGGUGCAGGGCAGCCCGGCCCGGGGGGAGAAGCUGGACAACCAGGACCUCCAGGACCACCAGGGGAGAGGGGUCUCCAAGGAUUUGCAGGCCGAGCAGGCAACGUGGGACCUCCUGGUCCUUCUGGACCUCUUGGACCAGCAGGCACUCCUGGCACCAAUGGGGUCAAAGGUGACAAGGGAGAAGUGGGUGUAGGGGUCCCCGGUCCCAGAGGAGAGAGAGGAGAUUCAGGGCCCAGAGGAGAAGAGGGUCGUGCUGGCUUGGAUGGGGAGAGAGGGACAUCGGGUCCACCAGGGACUCGAGGACUUCGAGGAGAGAAGGGAGACGCAGGGCUGCAAGGUGACAAAGGAGAGAAGGGGGACACUGUGCUGGUUGGAGGUCCUACUGGAGAAAAGGGCACCAAAGGAGAAACAGGUGACAGGGGACCCAAAGGUGUGCAGGGAGAAAAAGGGGUGAAAGGACAAGAGGGACCCACUGGGGAGCUGGGUCUGAGGGGAGAACCAGGAGAAAGAGGAUCCACUGGAUUUCCUGGUGCCCGUGGCCCUGGGGGUCAGAAGGGUGAAGCCGGACAACCAGGAGUACCCGGCGAAUCGGGUUUAUCAGGAAAAGACGGGCUGCAGGGGUGGAAGGGGGAUAAGGGAGAGCUUGGCAUCGCUGGAAUGAGAGGAAUCAAGGGUGACCGAGGACCCAAGGGGGCUUGUGGAGGCGAUGGACCCAAAGGAGAUAAGGGGGGUUCUGGUAUUAAUGGACGACCUGGGCUACCAGGGAGAAAAGGUGAACAGGGGGAACUGGGACCUUCAGGCCCCACAGGCACUCCUGGAAAGGAGGGAAUAGUUGGUCCCAAGGGUGACCGUGGUUUUGACGGAGUUGCAGGAUCUAAAGGAGCUCAGGGAGAGAAAGGUGAAAGGGGUCCCUCUGGGGUCCCUGGUCCUCCUGGUCCAAGAGGUGUGGAUGGGGCUCCGGGUCUGUCUGGAGCGCAGGGACCAGCUGGUGCUAAAGGCCCAGAGGGGCUCCAGGGUCAGAAGGGAGAGAGAGGUCCAAUUGGUCCCGCCAUGGUGGGUCCACGUGGUGUCCCAGGAAUCCCAGGGGAGCGAGGAGAACAGGGAGAGCUUGGACCAGAUGGAGCCAAGGGAGACAGAGGAGAGCCAGGCAUGACGGAAGAUGAGGUCAGAGAGUACGUGCGCACAGAGAUGAGUCAGCACUGUGCGUGUGGAGGUUCAGGCCCAGUAAGUCGCUUCCAGCCCACGGUCAGGGCUCGGCCUGCUGCGGAGCAACAAGUGGCCCUGAAGGGUGAGGAGGGCCAUGAGCUCCGUGUGGUGGUGAACACCAACGACCCGGACUAUGAACACAUCUACUCAAUCGAGGCCUACGACGAGCCCCUGGAUGAGCUGCUCCUUUUCACUCCCUCUGCCAACCAGAGCGAUGGUGAGGCUGUCAAAGAUAAAUCUGACAAAACAGUCAGAGUUAAAGCAAAGAGUUCAGCCAGUGCUGACGUUAAGAAAGCAGCAACAGUUGGUGGUCAGAAAGCAGUAAAAGUUGCAUCUCUGAGAGAAGUCAAACCCAAGUCAGUCAGGUCCAAGAGGAGAGUCACAGGGGAAGCUCCAGCAGACCUGUGCCUCCUGCCGUUGGAGGAGGGCAGCUGUGGGCGAUACACUAUGCGCUGGUACUUUAACAGUCAGGUUCAGGCCUGCAGGCCUUUCAUCUACAGCGGCUGUGAAGGAAACGACAACCGCUUCCUUGAGCUGGAGGAGUGUGAGGAGGCAUGCCUUGGGGAGGUCAAAGGUACCUUGACGACAGCACGGUGAUUGUGGCCAAAUCCUCCUCAGCGCAGGAAUUUUAGCCUUUUUUUCUCAUUUUAUUGAUCAUUUAUUUUGUCAUGUUUAUGAUCAAGAUUUUUUUCAUUUGUUUAUUUAUUGUUUCUGUAAUCCUGACCAAACUAAAGCCCAAAGGGAUACCAAAGUGCCUCCUUGUUUAAUGUAAGAAAACCCAAGAAAAAAACAAACAAUAUAUAUUGUUAAUUAACUUAAAAGAUUACUUUUUUGCGCAAUAAUAAACAUUUGCACACCUAGAAGCAACAUUUUCAUCAGUCUUCACUCUGAUUUUCACAGUUGAACUAUGCCCAAGUAUAAAGGUGCUUCAGGAUCUUUUUCCAUUUCAUGCUGCACAAAGAUAAUGAGAUUUCCUUCUGCAUACAGAGAGGGAGGGAACAAAUGGUCUGACACCUUCCAGUCUGAUGCAAUAAUCCUUCAGUAAAUACCAUUUUGGUGAGCCUUUUACUCUUCUAAUUACCGGAACAAAAUAUCUGAUAGAAGUUUGUCUCUGUUUGGAAGUGAUGAUCAGUUAAAUCAGUUCAGCCCUCAGAGAGAUGGACUUCUCUGACUUCAGCGGUUUGCAAGAUCUUUUUAAUAGGUGAACAUUUUCUUAAUAGUGUUUUCUGUUACAGAAUAGAGCUUUACUGCUUCAGACACAGGUCAAUCAAUUGAUGACGUCAGGGAGGGAAAAGGUUUAUAUUUGAACACUGUUUCCCUUUGCUAAUGAAGGUGUAUGUUCUCAUGAUUUCAUUAUGAUAUUAUGCUGCCAUGAAAUACAAUAGAAUUACAAUUUUAACAUUUGAUACUUUUCUCCUUGACACAUAAUAACUAUCAACACAUAGCUGUGUUAGCAAAGGAAAACACUAGUAGACCCUCUCUAAUCCUGAAGGGAAUAUUACAUAUAAAGGCACAUUUUUUGACGGACACCACAAACUAUACACCUCUCACCAAAUUGGUGGUUACUGCAUGGCUGCUGCUUCAUGAUGUGCUCUAUCAUUGUGCCCAUUCUUUAACUUACGGACUGUAUAACUAUCAGCACUAAAUAGUAAAAUAGCAAAGUGUGCAGGGUGUUCUGUGUUCGGGAGGGUUUUCUUGAUAAUGAGAAUUUGAGGGAAGUCUUCUCAUAAUCUUACUGUAAGCUUGUCAACAUAGAAAAAAAAAACCUCAUGUUAGAAUUUCAGCAUAUAGUCUCUGAGACAAUUAUUAGCAGCCUCUUUAGUCAAUGUCUUAAAAAUGUUUACACAAGUAGCUUCAGAUUCAAACAAACAGGCUCAGAUUUAUUCUUACUGCAGUGACCCUUUAAAGAAGAAAUGUACUUUACUGACAUUGUCUUGUUUUGUUGCUUUUCAUUUAAGACCAGCUUUGUUUUGUUUGAUUGAAAUUAAAAAGUCAAGAAGCAGAUUUAAGUCUUCAAAAAGUUUUAACUAGACGUGUCUACACAGAAAACAAGGACUUCAUUUCAGAGCAGCCGAGGCCUAGAAAUCACUCCUCUUCAUUUAAACUAUGCAAGAACAACUAUAUAUUUGGCUAACAUAAUGGUAAAGUUUUAUCAUUUGUAUUAAAUAUGAAGAAUCAAGCACAUUGUUCUGCCAAUGUUUUGUAAAUAAUGUGUUUUUAUAUUUUUGGGGGGGCGUUGUGUUUGUGAUCUUGACUACAUGUUUACCUGCCAGAGAAAAGGUGCUAUUUUUAAAGGUAUUUUUAUACUGUGUAUUGAAGAUGGAAGCUUGUGUUUUUAUGUGGUGAGAAACCACUCUGUAUCUGUUGUAUUAUAUAUCAUUUAAGCAUUUCUAAUAAACCAAAGAAUUGAGUACAAACUA